ACACCCAGCCUCCUCUCUGCCCUCUACACCUGGCCCCUGAGCGUGUGCAGAGCUCUGUGUGUGUGCGUGUGUGUGCGUGCGUGUGUGAACGCGCCCGUGCGGAGGCGGGGCACACCAAGGCAAAUAUUUUCCAGGCUCAGCCUACUGGUCUGACCUGCUUUUCCCUUUGCUUGCCUGCCUGUGCGUGAAGAGGCUGCACACAGCAGGAGGAUCCCGGACAGGAGCAAGCUUUCAGCUUCCGCUUUGGGACACCAACACACGGACAGAUACGUGGGCCAGCUUCUUGGUGGGGGCGGGGGUGACUUUCUUUGGGGGGGGCUUUGAAGUGAGGACGGAGGUGCACUCUAAACAAAACUAAACUAAAAGGAGGACGUGCCUCACACCCCCACGACCCCCCCCAUGGGGGCAGCAGUCACGGCACUGCCAUCGCCACAGUCCUCGCAGACAUGGGAGGCUGCCACAGCUACACGAGUACCACCGACGCCAAGAGCGCCCCCCCUACCAGCCAGGCUGACUUCUCCGACAUCAGCGGACACAAGCUAAAAAACAACAACUCCAAAGUGGCCCCGUCCCUGGAAGAAAAGCCCUACCUGCUGAAUGACUACGUGUCGGAGCACAUCGGCCACAUGGACAUGAGGAUGCUGUCGGCGCUACCUAUGGGGUUCGACAGGGCCGAAUGGAUUGCCAGCAACACCGUGGCUUUUUUCAAGAACAUCAGUCUCCUCUGCGGUGCUCUCUCGGAGUACUGCACCUGCAAAACCUGCCCCACCAUCAACGGCCCAGGCAACAUGGUUUACUCCUGGAUGGACGAGCACGGGAGGAAGGUGAAGUGCUCCGCCCCCUUGUACACAGACUACGCCCUGUCCUACAUCCAGGAGCUGCUCACUGACGAGGCCGUUUUCCCCACGAGGACAGGCACGCCUUUCCCGAAUGGCUACACCUUCAUGGUACAGAAGGUUUUCCUCUUCCUGUUCCGGACGUUGGCGCACCUGUACUGGGUCCACUUCCGGGACGUGGUGCGCCUGGACAUGCACCCACACCUGAACACGCUGCUGAUUCACCUAGUGACCUUCAGCCGAGAGUUCGGGUUACUGGAGCCCGCAGAGACGGCACCCCUGGAUGACCUCAUCUCGGCGCUGAUGGAGUUCAAUGGCGUUUGAGCCUGGGGGGAGCUGGGCGGUGGGGGGUCCUGCCCCUGGAGAGGACAGAGAUUUAAGGGACAGAGAAUAUCGGCAAGACCGUCUCCCGGUAGGAUAGGGGUGGAGGACAGGAAUCCUGGUUCUUCACCCUGUGAGGAUGGCUGGAUGCUGUGGGUGGUCAGAGACAGCGAUGGGUCUGACCUCGGAGGCAAACUGUGAACCUAUGGCUGCAUCCACAGUGUCUAAAGCUAGAUGAUUAAGGGGAAAAAAUAAUUUCUGUGAUUCUAUCUACAUGUCCUGUGUGCAGGUAUGACACAGUUGGCUGACUUCCCUGCUUGACACAAGAGGUAGCAAUAAAGAGUGAAAAAUUCAUUUGAAUAGCAGAACCUGUUUCUUUUUUACCCAAAUUUCAUGCUGCAAACUCGUCUGACGGCCUCUCUUAUCAGUACGUUCUUUCUAGGUUACACCAUGGCAACGACUAGUCCGUUGUUAAAUUCCUGACUAAUGAUGGUGCCAGUUUUUGAAACCUUUUUUUAACAGGUGUUCGUUUUUCAUGUACUGUUUUUGAGACAAAAGCUUCAUAUUUGCCUUUUCUUUUAAAACAUACUUUUGAUAAAUAAAAAGGUUCUUCUGAAA